AUGCCAACACUCACCAUUGCCGUCCAACCUCCUUCUCGCGCCCGAGUAUCCACGAUCCUGCAUCCUCCGCUGGUUGCAGAGUUGACUUUCAAAGGACCGUUGCCUGGGUAUUACUUCUUUGCCACGGCGUUAUUACUCACUCGCAAUGGAGACAUUGUGGAAGGGGGCUUGGCGGGGAAUACUUCGGUUACAGGUGUAGAUCUCACGGCGCAUAUCGGUUCCUCGAGGACAACGAUUUAUUUCCCGUUUACUGACCUUGGCGUCUUGGCCGAAGGCUCUUAUAAGAUCAGGGUGGAUGUGUACAAGGUUUCCUAUGAUAAUCCGGACGGUUGUACCUAUCAAGAACAAACCAAAAGCAGCCGCAUCACUGUUGUUAAUGAGGAGGUCCCAGCCGGAAACCCGAGCUCUGCUGAGCGUGGUGUAAUACGAGCCCUACAAAGCGUGGGCGCCCAGAUCCCUUAA